UGCUCUGGCCCCUGAGGAGGACCUGGAAGGCAGGAGGGAAACUGCACACGACCUUCGUUCCUGAGUCCCUCCGCCCCUCGCCCCUCGGCGUUCUCACGGGGCACACCCUCCUGGGUGGGGCCAUUGCCUUCUGCAAGCUGAGCUGAGCAGCUGUAAGCAGCAAGGUGGAGAGAGGAACAGGCAGCUUCCUCCAAGAGCAGGAGCCGGAGAAGAAUCGCACUGCCCCCACUUUCUUGGGAGAUGGAUUCUCAGGACCUGCAUGACAUUAGCUUCUUUGCUGACUCAAUCCUCUGAAAUGCAGCUCCUUUCACCCAGCUGAUGACAGGGGCAGUUGGUGAGGCCAGGGGUCUGCCCCCGGAGCUGGUGGAGCCCCGUGAGUCAGGUGUGAAGCCAGCCCGAGCAUCUGCACUCCCUCCAGCAGCCGGCUGCCUGCCAUUUCCUCCUCUCCCAUCCUUAUUUGGAGCCCUUGACAGCUGAGCCGCAAACAGACCGGGAGCUGGGCGCCGGCCAGCCUCACCCUCUGCUUCCCCGCGUGGGUCCCAUUGCCCAGGAGAAAGAAUCCUGCAGCAUGGUGGAGCUAAGAUAACCAAGGACUCUUUUUGCUCUUCUCACACCUUUGAAGUGGGAGCCUCUUGAGGCAAAUCAGCAAGAAUGUGGCUCUUGCAGUGAGGGUCUGGGGGGCUGCUGGGGCUGCCCAAGGCGGAGGGGCUAUGACAAGCUCCGCUGGACUGAUAACUUUAAAAGGGCAUCUUCUCCUGUCUACUCACGGUGCCGCUUUAUCGCUGCAAGUGACACAACGGGGAGGGUUCUAGCCCUCCUGCGCUCCCCAAGAGCUGGGGGGCUAUAAAAACAGGAGGCCCUGGGCAGCUGGGAGACAGUGACAGACAGAAGCUGAGAGGGAAGCCAGAGAGGACAGAGAAGACACAGCAAGCACCAGAUCACUCCUUGACCGGCAUCGGCAUGGGCUCCUUCUCCACCCUCACCGUGAGCCUCCUCCUCUUCCUCGUCUUUCAGCUUCCAGGCCAAGCCCAAGCCAACCCCGUGUACAAUGGUGUGUCGAAUGCAGACCUGAUGGAUCUCAAGAAUUUGCUGGACCACCUGGAGGAGAAGAUGCCUUUAGAAGAGGAGGUGAUGCCCCAAGUCCCAAGGGAGCAGAACGACGAAGCGGGGGCCGUCCUGAGUGUCCUCCCUGAGGCACCUUCCUGGACUGGGGAGGCCAACCCGGUGCCAAGGGAUGGAGGUGCCCUUGGGCGAGGCCCCUGGGAUUCCCCCGAUAGAUCUGCCCUCCUGAAAGGCAAGCUGCGGGCGCUGCUCACUGCCCCUCGGAGCCUGCGGAGAUCCAGCUGCUUUGGGGGCAGGAUCGACAGGAUUGGAACACAGAGCGGCCUGGGCUGCAACAGCUUCCGGUACCGAAGAUAACAGCCAGGGAAGAAAAGGUCGGCCAGGCCCUGGGGGCAGAUGGCAAGAGACCCUCCUCCCCUGGGGGGGUCUCCCUCAUGAGGUCUCCUUCCUGUCACUGUCCUCGGGCUGUGAAGAGCACGGAGCUGGAGCUGCCGAUUUCUGACGUUGUGCGCUACAUGUAGACAAAGUGGUUUCAUUAUGGUUUUCCCACCUCGCCCACCCCAUGCGCUACCGUAGAGCCUCUCACCUAUUACUGACAGCAGUUGGCAAAAAUGAAUAAAUUUCAGCACCACGGACAGAAGCCAGAGCCGGACUCCUGUGAUUUCUUUCCCUGGUCAUUUC